AUGGCGCCGCCUGGUGUUCUCUUCGUCGCCGAACGCGCACCUUCAAUCGUCUUGCCCCCUCUCCUUGCGUAUGGCGCGCUUCACGCUCUCCAACGCUUCGAUCUGGUUUCUCUUCCGACUUGGGCAGUUGUAACAUUUAUCACUCUCGCAAAACCUCUGCAUUAUAUCGUUUCGGUACAUUGCCAGAGGCUUCGCAACUGGAAUGAAGCGAGAAAGCGGGCCGCGCGGCUGGCUCCUCGUGUUGAGGAGGCUUGGUACUCAAUCGGAGGCCUGUCUCUCAUUUCUCAGAUGGGCGAGAGCUUCGUUAACGGAUAUUUCUUCGAUAUCAUGCAAUCGUGGGCGCAGAAAUACGGUUACACAUACGAGGUACCAUUCCUCUCGGAGGUUCAGAUGUGGACGAUGGAACCGGAACAUGUAAAGGCGAUGCUGGCGACUCAGUUCCAAAACUUUGAGAAAGGCGACUUCCGCAAAAUCAUGCACUCGUUCUUAGGUACUGGAGUGUUCAACUCUGAUGGUGAGAUGUGGAAGUUCCAUCGCGGAAUUACCCGACCCUUCUUCAGCAGAGAUAGAAUCAGCGAUUUCGACAUCUUCGACGCACACGCUACAGAUGCGCUGGAGAGAGGCAAAGCUCGACUCGCAGAGGGACAUCCCAUUGACUUCCAGGACUUGGUCGCUCGCUUCACCCUCGACUCGGCGGCCAAAUUCUUGUUUGGCGCGGAACUGGGCAGUCUCUCAGCCAGUGUCCCCUACCCUCCGAACUCAGGCCUGCCCAACCCUACCUCGUUCACGCUCCAUCCAUCCAACACUUUUGUCAACGCGUUCUUCAAUGGUCUGAACGAGGUUGCAAUGCGUAGCGUCAUCGGCGAGGAGUGGCCUUUGCGCGAGUUCUCAAAGGACCUCGUCAAGCCCUACCGAGACAUUGUCGAUCAGAUCAUCGAACCUAUGGUCGAUGCGGCCCUUCAAGCAGCUCACAGUGAUACAUCAGAGAAGGAGAAGAGUGGACGUGAUGAACCGACCACGCUCUUGCAGCAAUUGGUCUCUCAAACGAAGGAUAAGGGUAUUAUCAUGGACGAGCUUCUCAAUUUGUUCGUCGCCGGACGCGACACGACUGCUUGUACUCUAACAUUCUCGGUGUACAUGCUCGCUGAGCAUCCCGCUGUAGUUGAACGUCUACGUGCCGAGGUACUCAACAAGGUCGGAGAAAAAGGCAGGCCGUCCUACGAUGACAUCCGUGACAUGAAGUAUCUACGGGCUUUCAUCAAUGAGGUCCUCCGACUUUACCCUCCCGUCCCUAUCAACAAUCGACAGGCCAUUAACGACACGUUGUUCACAACAAAGGACGGCGCCCAGCCAAUCUUCGUUCCUGCGAAGACACAAGUUAUCUAUUCCGUUGUGGACAUGCAGCGCCGAAAGGAUCUUUGGGGGCCUGACGGUACGACCCACCAUAGGCUGCAGCUCCGGAUACCAUCUGACCACUCUUCAGCCGACGAGUUUGAUCCGGACCGUUUCCUCGACGAGCGACUUCAUCGAUAUCUGAUCCCCAAUCCAUUCAUCUUUUCACCUUUCAACGCCGGUCCUCGUAUCUGUCUAGGUCAACAGUUCGCCUACAACGAAGUAUCGUUCUUCCUUAUUCGACUCCUUCAGCAAUUUUCGAAGUUCAGUCUCGCCCUGGAUGCUCAACCGGCUGAUUCGCUUCCUCCGGCUGCCUGGAAGGGAAAGGAGGGUCUCCAGGCCAAGGAGAAGAUUUGGCCUGGUGUCAAUUUGACUCUAUUUGUCAAGGGUGGAUUAUGGGUCCGUAUGGAAUGA